AUGAAGGUGGAAACAGAGGAGCAGAAGGUACAAGAAUUUGAGGUGCAGAAAGUCACCAUCCCAAUAGAGGGUUCGUCUUCCUCUUUGCACCCAAACACUUGUGGCGUGUGUGGGAAGAGUUUUAGCCGCCGCUCGAACCUGGCCAAGCACCAGAUCAUCCAUACGGGAGAGAAGCCGUACCGUUGCAAUGACUGCGGCCGCAGCUUCAACCAGAGCUCGGCGCUCACCAAGCACCAGCGGACGCACACUGGGGAGCGCCCCUAUGUCUGCGGGGACUGUGGCAAGGCCUUCACGGCUAGUUCCAACCUCCUCCAGCAUCGGCGUUUCCACACCGGGGAACGGCCCUAUCGUUGUGAAUUGUGCGGCAAGGCCUUCUCCCAGAGCUCCAACUACAACCUGCACCGGCGCGGUCACACCGGGGUCACGCCUUACCAGUGCAGCGUGUGCGGUAAGCGAUUUACUGGGAGCUCAUGCCUUACUCGCCAUCAGCGGACUCACACCGGAGAGAAACCGUACCAAUGCCAGGAAUGCGGGAAGCGCUUUUCGGGGAGUUCCACGCUGGCUAACCACCGGCGUACCCACACGGGUGAGAAACCCUAUGGUUGUGUGGAGUGUGGCAAGAGGUUCACCCACCACUCCAAUCUGGUGGACCACUGGCGGGUGCACACGGGGGAAAAGCCCUACGUGUGCACCGAGUGCGGGAAGAGCUUUCGGCUCAGCUCGCACAUCAUUCGCCACCGUCGCACUCACACCAACGCUCACAGCCCCAGCAUGAGCCAUGACCUCCUCUGCGAGGUUGACCCGGCUUUUGAGGAUGGCAGCAUCGAGGGCCACCACGAUGGAAGCGUCGGGAUGCCGCGCAUGACUGGUCGUGAUACUCUGUGUGCUGAUAUCAGUGUUACCAAUGGCAAUAAUAGCUCUGAUGAAGGAGAAGGCGACCGGCUUCUGAUCUGCGGCCACUGUGGUAAAGGUUUUCACCUGGAGUCUAGCCCCCGAAAACCCAACCAAGAUGACUUGGCUCUGGGGGAAGGGCCUUAUAGUUGUACGGAGUGUGGUAACAGCUGUUGGACGUAG